GCCUCCCCCUCCUCUCUCUCCGCAGCUGUCUCCGCCUCUUCCCUCUGGUCUGUCAUCCAGGCUGUUGUAGCAGCCAUUUUACCGUGGAGCGUCGACACAGCGGCGACCGGAGGAUGCGGAGACAGCGCCGUUAAAAGGUUCACAAACAUGGCUGCCACACCUCAAGGUCCCAUGGUCCGUCGGCCGUUGGCUUUUACCAAUGAGGAGCGGAGGGCUGUUCACUCCUGGUCCCGCAUCUCCUCAGCAGGCCAAAACGUCCUUCUGGAUGCUCUGAAGAUCCUGAGCCCGAUGUCCAGAGACCUUUCCAGCACUGAGGAGCUUGUGACUUUCCUGCAGGAGCUCAGCGAGGAAGGCCACAAGCCCACCGUUCUCCGCAGCAAGGACGUGUACUGCUACCGCUCCUGCACGAGCCUGCCCAUGACCGAAGAAAUGCUCAAGUUGGUCAACAAGAAUGUCAGACCCACCACCAAGAAGAGGAAGAGGAAGCCUCAGAUCAAGAAGCGGGAGGUGCACCCAUCCUGGACCACCACUGAGCGGAGCAACCCGAGGAUUCAAGGGAUCCGGCCUCCAGAGAUGCUAGUGGACCAUCACGCCGUCGUCUGCAGCAGGACGCCAAUUCGAACUGUAGAAACGGUCGAGGCAGACAUGCAGCCGUGCCUCCGACUGACCAGCAUCCAAGGUCUGUCGGGCUUCCACACGGCCAGACUCCAGAUCCAAACUGUCUGGGAGUCUGAGACGCUCGCCGUUACCGCUUCACCGCAGCAGCAGCAUCCUCCAACGCUAUCAGGAAUACCCUCUCAGCCUUCUCAGAACGGUGGCGGGGCGCCCACCAAAGCCGUGGCCUUGUUUAGCCAGAAGAGUCUGUCCUGCCCGAUCCGACUGGACGGCGCUCUCAUCGGAGAUUCUGCUCCGGUCUUCUAUGCCAACGGUCGGGCGUUCUCACAGACUCACACAGAUUUGACGAGCAACGGCUGGAGGGGCAACGGCCUACACCAAGAUGUUCCGGGUUCCAAGGGCAUGACCGGCUCCACGAGGCAGAGGAGUAGCUGGAAGGACAAGAAAAACUUAAGACGGAAAGUGAUAAAAGUGGACGACUCUCGGUCUGUGGCCGAGGCCUGCAGGAAAGCGCAGAAGAUCCUGCAGGUCAACCUUUCUCCGGUCAUUCAGAUCCAACCUCUCAACCAUGUGCUGAGAGACUUCAGAUUUCAGAAGAAGUGAAAGCCUCGACUCAAAACUCUCUCCUUUUAGCAGACUUUAGUGUUUUCCAUUCGUCGGCCUCCGCCGGGCCGGGUCCGUGUUCGUAGCAGACGUGUUACAUGGGGUUAUGCCGGGUGUUGGACACCGAAGACGAGUUUCGGGACUUGUGGAAUGUGACCGAAGCGUUUGACAUACAGCUUGCCUGGAGGAGCACCAUCCGUCGUCCCCGUGCUGGUACAUGUUCACUGUGUUCAGUCGAUGCAACGCCACAAUCUAACAGGAAGCCGCGAGCUCCAGUCGUCCGCAGAGAGGGGUCAACUUCCUGCCCUUUAAGAAGGUGUCCAGUCCGGACUGCUGUUGUGAAAAUAUUUAAACCCAAUUAAACUGAAGCGCAUUUUGUUAAAAAUGUAAGUAUUUUGACUUGUUUUUACCUCUUUUCUGUUAAAAGAAGGAUAAAGGAAGUUCUCGUUUGGACAAAAGUUUCUGUUUUUUAUAUAUAUCUAUAACUGUUUUGAACUAAAAGGGGUAAAAUAUUUAGUUUAUUUUUUUUUGUUUUUUUUACCUCUGGGAGAACGAACAGUAAAGGUUUGGGCCCACAGAAACAGGAAUUAGAUAUUAAGUUAUUCACAAAGUGUUCCUUUGGUUGGUGCAUCAACAGACUAAGAAAUGCGUUAUAUAAAAUAUGUUACUGCAGGGAAUAUUUGAUGUCUCUUAGUUACAGAACGUAAACAACAAUGGAAACGACUGCAAAAAUGUAAUUCUGGACUUCUCGUGUUUUGAGGUUUGUGGUUGAAGAGAAGUUCAGAUGCUUUCUGAUAAUUGGCACUGUUUAAGACCAAGAAGUCCACUUAAUUGCUUAAUUGGUCACAGUACCGGUAAAUAGAAUAAUCGGCUGUUAGCAACACUUCCUGUGCUUAAUCUCUGCGAUGCAGAUGUGUAAUUUCUGACCCAGAUGAAAUUUGCAUUAAAUUUUGUAUCCGAACUCCUCUUUGCCCUGAGCUAAAUAAUCCAACCUGGUUCUUAUCGUUGCUCAAACAUUUAAAGGGUUUUAUUGUUGGCUGGUCCUGCAAACGAAACACGUUCCUGCCGAGAUGAUUUUAAACAACUCCUAAAACCGAAUUUCUGAGUCCGCAGCGGUUCGUGCAACAGGUGCUAAAUUUCCGUUGUUGGUGCUGGUCCAAGAAUGUCAAUGUUAAUUUCUAGUUCAGCCGCAUUCAGGAACAGUGACUUCUCGUGUCGGCAUUGACAGCACUGCUGCCCCCUGCAGGUUGGGAUGUGCAUGGCAACGCCCCGUCUGUCUCUCCAGCGUUUUUAUACUGUGAGGAACUGGCCGAAUCCAUUUUCAUGCCAUCUGUGUCAAACUGUAUGUGUUCUUUACGAGAAAACCACGUUUGAUAAGACAAAAAGAUGCUGAUCCUCAAAAGGAAAGUAGGCCGGAGAAAAAAAAAAUUCUUCUCUGUUGCUUUUCUGAAGCUUUUACUUGUUCAGAUCAUUGAACAGAGUUUAAAACUAGGCUGCUAAAUUUCCAGAUCUCAUCCAGUGAAACAACCAGCAGACUGUAGUGUAAGUGGAGUCUUAAAGGAAAAAGAGUGAAUUCUUAAUGAAAUGCUAGACACUAUUGAUUUGGUGAAGAAAUAAAAGCCGUGACGUCCUUUCUAUGAAGACAUCCGUUUCCCUGUUUUAACUGAGACUGCGUCAGUGUUGGGUGAUCACCGUCACAGACUCUUUUCUGGUGAAGUUUGUGUCCCCAUCUCCUCACCCACCCCCGCCGUCUGUAUGCAGGCUAUCUUGUUCAUGCCCUUUUCUAGACUGUUUCUGUUAGUCUCGUUUGUGAAACAUUUGUAUUAUACUGUAUUUCCUACAUAUUUGAAAACAUUUUUGUUCAAUAAAAAUGACUUGAAAAGAA